CGGCCUUCUGGCCUCGCGAUGCGUUACUGAUUUGCUUUCCCAUGCUCAUCACUCGCUUCUGGGCCUGAGACAUAGACCGACCAUACAGCCGUUGCCGCUGUAGUCCCUCGUUUGUCUGCCUGCCCUAUCUUGGCGAUCGUGGCCUUGACCCUCGUUGAUUGUUGACCCUCUUGUUUGGGUGGAGACCGAUCGGAGUCCCGCCCGCCUGCCUGGAGACUCCCGUUAAUUAUUGUUGCGAUCCAUCGACGACCAGACACAGUUGAUCCUGAUCCUGCGCUCUUGACCAUCCCAUCUCCCGGUUGAAUAUGACCCUAUAUCGUCUGCGCUAGGGAUUUUCCAUUGAGCCGGUCAUCAGUAGUUCCAAAAAGCCUCUCGUUUCUUUAUCACUCGAUCAGUGAUCCAACGAUCUAUCUAUAUCAACCAUGGUAGCCCUGUCUGUGGGCCUCGCAAAGGCCCGUCGGCCUUCAUUCACCUUACUUCUAUUGAUGAUCAUCAUCUUUGUUGCGCAAGUCUCGGUCGCUCAAGAUUCAACCACGGGCGAUAGCACCACUGCCACAACUGCGGACACCGCUACAACCACGUCUGCGACAACCUCGUCUACUACGACCUCAGAUGCGACAACGACAACAGACUCAGCAGCGAGCACUACGACAAGUACUCAGUCGACAUCGACUGAAUCAUCAACCUCGUCCACCUCGACGGAUGGUUACCCCGUUGUCACUGUACCGCCCACAGCAGAUGCUCCGUACAUGCAGAGGUCGAAGAUCCCUGAAGGGACUUUGUUCAUUGUUGUCGGGGCUGUGCUCGGUGCAAUUGGGCUCGCCAUUCUGGCCUGGCGCGGAAUUGUGGCCUGGUCAGUGAACCGAUCCGUCCGUCAAGCAGCCAUGAUGCGUUCAUACGAAAGCAAAGGACUGCUUCGCUCCAAGAAGAGGAGAUCGCGCUCCAGAAGAUCCUCCUCUGGGCCAGGAGUAACGCUGGACAAACUCGGUGAGAGUCAUCACCACCGCAGCCAUAGCCACAGCCGCAGACAUCAUCGGUCCUCCACCAAGACCCCUAGCUCGAACAGCGCCUUGUUCUUCUCGCCCACCGCCGGAAUGCAACCCAGCAGCAACAGGCGAUCGGCCUACCUUCCAGCCGGAUACUACAACGCCGGCAGCGCUGCGCCUUCCCGGAGCCAAGAAACACGUUUCUCGGCAGCUGAUCUACCGGGCAUGGGGCCCCAGUCUCACGGCUAUUCCAAGGCCAAGUCAGGCCCAAGCCCUCCUGAAUCACCAGGUUUGUCACCAUCAGCCAACGAGCAAGACGUGCCACUCCGCAGCGCCAGACGGUCUCGCGCAGAAGAAGCAUCUACCAGCACAGUAAAUCUCUCCUCUCCUCCCCAGGGCCGAACUCCGAGUGCAUACCUGGAAGAUCUUUUCGACAGCCAUGCGCCCCAGAAUGGACACUGAUACGGUCAUAUUCGGUGACGCUACGAGCAACGACAUCUCUUCUGCUAUGUUGUAUAGUUCAAAUUCUUCUUCCGUCGAUUAUACAUCAUAUCUUUUUAACUAGUCUUUCCCCCUCCCAUGUAUGUUUUAUCACUGUGUACUGUAUAUUGUUCAUCUUCUGUUUGCUCAGACGUCUUGAUUUAUUUGGAAUCUUUAUACGAUUAUCAUUUUGAAGCUACCUCCCUAUUUUGCAUAUUCUUUUUAUAUCUGUCCAUGUUGAUUCUUUGAACUAGGAGAGGCCUACGUGUUAUUCAUAGCAUUUUUAUCAAGAGCGUUCCAUACUCUUCCAAUUGAUUAGAUCUAUCUUUCUUUCACAUUACAUCUCCCAAUCUCGUACCCGUCGUCUUUUGAUAAACCUGCGAUCUUCAGGUAAAAAGAAAAUAUUACAUCGGAU